AUGCAGUCGUACAAUUUCAGUCUUGCUGCUAAUGCCUCCAUCUACUAUGAAAUUGUAGCGUUACUUCGUGAUGUGAACUCUGGUUCUUACCAUUGGACAUGGGCUAUCACUAUUCCUUUUACUGUUCUUGAGACACUUGCAAAAGAUGGUAGGGUUAUGGAUGCAAAUGAGCUUCUUGUGGGUGCAAAAAAUAAUGCCCCUAUUAUGAAUGUUGUUGACUACUCAGUAAUAAUUGACGUCCUUCGCAAGGAAGGACACGUAGAUAAGGCUUUAGAUCUCUGCUCUUUUGCUAAGUAUAAAUGGAUAGCUCUCAAUAUCAUCACCUAUAAUUCAGUCAUAAAGGGGUUGUGCCGCCAAGGGUGUCUGGUUGAAGCUUUUAGAUUGUUUCUGGAAAAAAUUGGUGUGGUUCCUUCUGAAAUUACAUAUGGUACACUGAUUGAUGCUUUAACGAAGGAAGGAAUUGGGACAAGCUUUUGUGAUUUCCUUAAUCUCAUCAGACUUGAACCCCUCAGAAAAUUAUGGGUUCAAUAG